AUGGACGGAACCCUUCCCACAUGUCACCCCCUCUCCCCCUCACACACAAUCACUCUCACUCACCCAGAUGCCAACACGCACACUCUCACAGAAACCCACCACGGUGCGUUGCGUUGCCACACUGCCCCCCCAUGCCGCUGUGUCCCCAGGGCUAGCGCACAGAGCACGGAGCAGCGGCUGCUGGUGGAGGAGCAGGAGAGCGCAGCACUGCAGGCACAGGAGGAGGCGGAAGCAUGGGCGGCGGAGGAGGCGCGCGAGCAUAUGAGGAGCGCCCGGGACGCUGUUGCCCACAUGCACUCUGCUGUCUCCGCCACCCUCGCUGCUGCUGCCGCCGCCGCUGCCGAUGCUCGUGCUGGUGCUGGUGGGGCUGGUGAUAAGGCUGGAGCGGGGAAUGCAGAGGGAGGGGGGGAUGGGGGAGUGAAGCACGAGAAUGAGCCACCCGUUGGGUCACACGUGCAUGGGCGGGGGCUGCUGGGAUCCUCAUGCAGCAGUCAGCAGCACCACAAGCCCCCGCCGGCCCCUCACACACCACAGCACCACAGCCCACCAACCCCUGCAACUAAAUCACCAUCCGCGCUCUUUCCUUCCCCAGUCCCCCUGGCAACGCGAAAGCCAGCUGCCACCACUGCUGCUACCGCCCCGCCGUCCCUGCCCCCGCCUUCCCCUCCCCCGCCACCGCCCCCUCCCCCUGGCCCAUGGUACGGGCUGUUCAGCGCGGGCAAGGCGCUGAGCACGAUUCUGGUGCCCAUGGGGGCGCGCAACGUGAAGGUCAGCGGUAACUCCGUGAAUAUAACGUCGGAUAGUGGCAACAGCAGCGCCACCAUCACCAAAGGGUCGCGGUGGCAGUCCCUGAGCAAGUACUCAUCGGGGGUGUUUCAAGCGCGCAUGACGUGCCCUGCCAACGACACCACUGGCCUCCUCUUCUCCUUCUUCGUGCGUUCCCCCUCCCUGCCCUCCCUUGCCCCUCUCCUCCCUUGUCGGCCCCGCUUCUCCCAUGUAUCUCUUUCGUUGCCCCUCCUUAUCCUGCCCCCACCAUACCACCCAUUUCCGCACCCCAGUCCCUCUCUCUCCUCGACCAACCCACCACAACCUUUCACCAUUUUCAAUCGAUCCCUCCUUCCCCGUGCUUCCUCUGCUGCACCUCCCGACUCACGUUACCCCUGCCGCCUCUCCCCCUGCAUUUCUCCCUCCCCCUUUCCCCGUUUCCCCCAGCUGAGCACGAUGGCAGGGGAGGGCAACCACAGCGGGGUGAGCUUUGACUUCCCCGGGGCCAACAAGACGCAGCUGUACGCCACGCACCACAUCAAUGGCCGUGCCUACCCCAUAACCGUGCCUCUCAACUUCUCCUGUGAUGCACAGCCGCACCUCUACACCAUAUACUGGGACGCCAAGUACACUGCGUGGUACGUGGAUCAGGUGUUGGUGCGGCUGCUGCAGUUCCGUCCCAAGCGCUCCUACCCCACACAGCCCAUGUACCUGUACGGCACACUGCGCCCUGCUGCCGCCACCAACAUGGCCAAGCGCGCUGGCGUCGCCAAGGGCAACUACACCAACCUCGCCCAGUGGACAGGCAUCACAGUGAUCGGUCCCCUGAUGGCGCAAGUCGGCCCAGCGCCCCCCAAGAAGCCCCCGGCAGCGGUGCAGUGGCCGCGCACGAACGGCAGCAUCAUGGCGCCGCUGAUGGUGGACUACUGCGACGACCACUGCCUCUCCUGCGCCAACAGCACUGACGGCUCCGCCACCAUCCGCUACGACAACCGCUGCGGGUCUCGCUUCCGGUCAUCGCUGCCCUACUACUUUGCGUUCAUCAGUGGCGACGUGCGCUGUGCCCCGGGGCUCACCAGCGGCAUCGUCACCAGCUUCUAUGUGCGUGCCCUGCUCACCCACCCCUUAGAAUGCCCAUAG